AUGAAGCUUUCAAGUUUUUUCGUUUUUGCGAAGUCCGUUUUUUCGGCCAAUUGGGAAGGGUUUGAUGCAAGAUGCCCUGAUUUGGAACUAGGCCAACAGUGUGAUACUGAGUGCUCGGUUGUCUUUGUUGAUUGCCGGAAUAAUUGCGAUAAUCAUCCGUGUGAGAACACGUGUCUUGUUGACCUCGGGGAAUGCGUUUCGGACUGCCCAUGCGGACAAAACUGCCAGAACGGAUGUGAAGGCUGCGAUCAUCCUCUUUGCCAAAGUUGUGAUAAUUUGGAGACGGACUUUGAGUUUCAGCAAUGCAAAGUCAAGGCGCUGCAGGAAUUUGACCAGUGCGCGAUGGAUUGUUUGAACAACUGGAGCUGUAUUGACAAUUGUUACAGUCGCCAUGUUUUGCAAGGCUUUUCUCAGUGCAAAUGCUUUGACGAAAAUCCUUCAAAAAACAACGAAUUUAUAACGCUCUUGUCUGAGGACGUUAAUCAUCGCCCAUCAAAUGAUCUGACUUAUGUUACGGAUGCUUUUGGUGGAUUCCAGGAAAACCGACAUUACAGUUAUGCCGAAAACAGUCUUCUUUACACAGUCAGUGCUGUCUACCAAGAUAAUGUCUUCAUUUUUGGAGGCAGUCGUCUUAGUACUAAUAUUCACCUAGUUAUUGGGUGCGAUAUUCGUCAAUUGUCUGUCGAAUUGCAGAGGGGAGUUGACCAUUACUCGGGAAUCGUAACCACGUCAAAUGGGGUCUACACCGGCUUCCGACAUCACAAUUACAAAUGGACUCAGCUCUUUGACGGAUCCAGAACAACUUUGGUCAAUUAUAACACCUAUUAUGAUCACGAAUACGGUUGCAUGGCUUCUUUGAACAAUCAACCAGUUGCGAUUGGCGGAGACGAUGGCACUUAUAUUGAAAUUCUUCGGUCAAAUGGUUGGACUGGUCUGAAUUCUCAUCCAAAGCUUCUCUUUCAUCCAGGAUGCCUUGGAUUCGGAGAAAACAUGCUGACAAUUGGCGGCUAUGACGAAUAUGAUAGCUCAUCACCAGGCAAAGUCUUCAUUUAUUAUGGUCAAUCUGGCCAUUGGUCGUUCUUGGGAAAUCUUCUUCAAGUUCAUUAUCUUAACACAGUCAUUGAGCUCAAUGGAAUCAUUUACAGUGUUGGUGAUGGGUUCUACGGUUAUGAUGGAAGAUUUCAUCAGGAUGAUUUUGAAAACAAGCAUGGUUCAUACAGGAAAUCGAAUCCAAAUGGAGCUGGAAUCGAACGAAUCCAAAUAAACAACUCGAGCAUCUCUUCCGAAAUCAUCUCUACGCAUGACUCAUUUGGUCAUAUGCGCCCUAUUUUGUUUUCUUCUGGACAGUUUGACUGCGCUCAAACAGCAACUACAACGCAAGCAACAUCAACCACAACAACAACUUCAACAACAUCCACUCUUUUAUCAGAUGUUACAUGUUACGAAUGUAGCGAUCAAACAAUUAACGACGUUAACUGGUGCACUGCGAUAAGCGAACAGGAUAACCCAGUGAUGUGCGAGAGCAGAUUUGGAUGCUUUAGCACAAAUGUUAUUGCUUUUUCUGAGAUUUAUCCAGGGGGACUAAUUGAAAUAAUGACAAGAGGGUGUCUUAACGCAACUGAUGAGGUCGAGCAAGGAUGCAUCUAUUACCAAGAGGGCGGGAGUAUAAUUGAUGACAAUGGACAAGAAAUUAUAAUAGAAAAUGAUUCGGAAAUCUGCACGAUGAUUUGCCAGGACCAUCUUUGCAACGGUGGCAACGAGUUUAUUUCUACUCAAAGUUUUUCACCGACCGAAACUCCGUAG